AUGAACGUAACAGAUGAUCAGCUUCUUGCAUUGUUUUACGCCAAGUCCAAGGAUGCUGCUCUUUUGCCGUGCUCCAUCUACUGUCCUCCUUGUCCGAUCAUGGCAUCCAAGAACAAACAAAGCAACGUGAACAAUGACAAGAGGAAGUCGAUGCGCGGCAACGAUCUUCUCAAACCUAUGCAUACUGGUCGUAUUGGCAGCCGAUCAGCUCCCACGAGCCAUCUCAAAGAUGCGAUGAAGAAUAAAGGGAAGGAGCUUCUUCCAGAUUUAUUGGCUGCAGCCGCCAUCCCUGUCAAGAAACAAGUCUUUCCAGCGUUUCCGACACUUGACCAUCCAAAAAAUCCAGGUCGUUUUGUCCAUCUGAGCACUAACCCCAUCGUGAAGUCUCGUCUCGCAUCACGUGCCAAGGAGAAGCCUACCAAGAAGCUCGACAAGAAAACUGCUUACCUCAACGACCAAAACCACAAGCAGCUUCAGCUGAAGGCAGUAAAGGACAAGAUCCAAAAGCGUCUCUUCGCCCUUCAAGUAGAGCAUGACUCCGACAAAGCUGUCACUGAAAUCUUCGACGAGCAGACAGUUCCCUACGCAAAAGCACGCGUUGACGAUAUUCUGCCUGCAGCCCAUGGUCCUUCCGAUCUCAACAUCGAGAUCAGCUGCGGCUUCUACGGCUACACUCCCACCUUCACCUCCACCAAGAUCUUCAAAAUCUCCCUAGACAAGUUUAGCCAUCCAGCUCAACUGAGUAACUUGAUUGUCAAUGACAUCGAUUUUGGCAAGACUGGCAGAGAAAUUGGCAUCAGUAUCAAGCACAAGUCAAUCGCGAUCAUUGGGUAUGAAGUCACGUUUGCUAAAGGCUAUAGAUACAUGUCAAGCCAACCUCCAGGAUUUUUGCAUAGAGUUGGAAUGAGGUAUAUCGCGAUUGGCAAAAAAGUCUUGGUCAACAAUGCUUGUGCUCUCCGUGAAUUCUUUCUCCAGUCCAGAGAAUUUGCUAGUGAUGACCGCGGCACUGCACAGAUUCCGGUUGUUGCACGGUUUGCUCUUGUCGAAGCGGACCCUAUCUCUGGAUGUGAAAAGUUCGUGCAAUUCAACCACGACUGGCUGAGUGAUAACGAGAAGAAGUUGCUAGUGGAAGACAAGCGCAUUGCCGUUGAGCGUCAACAAUCCAGUGAUCUUGCAACCCAAGCCAAUGUCAGGAAGCGGAUGCAGGCGAUCGAAGAGGCCGCCACUCGUGCUUGUGCAAAGGGUGAGUCGACUUUGACGAAGGACGUCGAUACCGACUCAACGAAAGAGAACGAAAUGACCUUCGACCUUAGUCCGCUGCAUAUAAAACACAGUAACGAGGAUCCGGACAAUCAUGGUCUCAACGUAGACUUUCUGUUCCACGAAGAGGACGAAGCUAUGACAUGA